ACUAUCGCGAUGCGAGGCGAUUGGCCGCGGCGUCAUAAUCAGGGAGAGGAAAAAAAGCCUCGGCACUCACAAUCCGCCUAGCCGUGCACCCGUACGGCUCGCUCGAAAGGGGCAGCCAUGAACGCGAAAAUGUGCCUCGUCAUGCUUCUGGUCCACUGCUGCGGCGCCAACGAGCCGUUCCCGGGCAACUCGCCGCUCUCGUGGAUCAGGAGGCGCAUCUUCGGCACGGCCAACAACGAGGAGCGCUUCGUCAACCGCUUGGCCACCGCCACUCAGAGCCUGGUGACCCUCAUGAACGACCCAGUCGUACUCGCGGAACUCAACAGAUACUACACAAUGCUGAUUCGCAAUCCCGACGUCUCCCAAAUCGUGGAUUCGGUAAAGCCUUCGAGCAAGCGGCCAUCGUCAACACGACUCACCUCUGUCGCAUCCACGGCGAAGCCAUCAACGACGACCACAAUGUCGACUCCGUCGGCAACGGACGAGUUGAAAUUGUCGAUAAAUGCUACAACGACGCCCACGGGCAACUCGUCAACAACGAGCACGAGGACACUUCGUCCCGUCGCUAAUAACACCGUCUCGGGAAGUAAGGACACGUCGCCGUGGAAACACGACGGCACCAGUUUCGUAAACACCGUGAACGGCGUGAAGUACCGCUUCUACUUCGACCCCAGUCAGGUGUCUCGACCGAUCGACGACGAAGCACGGGCGCGAGUCCGCCGCCACUUGAACCUGGUGCGGUUGAACGACGUCGACAACUGCGUUUCGUACCUCAUCUGCGAGAUGGCCCGUUACCCGCUGCGCUACGGCACCCUGGGCGUCAAAGUGGACCGCUUCUUCAGGUACCCAAUGUGGGACACGAACUCUGCAGCUGCACACUACGCCGCCGUGGCACGACACGGCCGCCGCUACGGAGGCUGCCGAGGUCGCAUCUCGUCGUGUCGUCAUCCGAUCGGGCCGCUCUUCCAGCGACACUACAGCUUCCGCUACGGACAGUAG